UCGGACGGUUUACCACUUUUACGCACGGAGCGCGUCAAACCUUUACCCGGUUCCAGGAGCCACUCGGCCGCGAGGGAGAAGAACGAUGGCGUUCAUGGUUAAGAGCAUGGUGGGGGGGCAGCUGAAGACCCUGACCGGCGGGCUGACGGAGGAGAAGGCGGAAGGGGGGGAGAAGACCGAAGCCGCCGCUCAGGGCAUGACGCAGGAGGAGUUCGAGCAGUACCAGCAACAGUUGGAGGAAGAGAAGCAGGAGCGGGAGGCGAAUUUUGCCCAGAAAGCGGAGCGAGCCACGGUCCGCAGCCACUUCAGGGACAAGUACCGGCUACCCAAGAACGAGCUCGAUGAGACUCAGAUCCACAGCCGGGACGACGUGGAGUUGCCCACGGAGCUGGCCAAGAUGAUCGCCCAGGACAACCAGGAGGAGGAGAGCAAGACGUCGGUGCUGGGCCAGCUGACCAGCAUCCAGAACGUGGACAUGGACCAGCUCAAGGACAAGGCCCAGGCCACACUGGAGGACCUCAAGAAGCAGACAGAGAACUGCAGCCUGAUGUGAUCCAGACCCAGUCUACACUUUCUCUCUUGCUCUCUAUCUCUAGACCUCUCUCUCUUCAUCUCUAGGCUCUCUCUCCUUCGCUCUUGUCUCUCUCUAGACUCCCUCACUCUCUCUCUCUCUCUCUCUAGUCUCUCUUUUUCUCUCUCACGAUCUCGCUGUCUCCCUCUGACUCUCUGUCUGUCUUUCUGUCUGUCUCUCUCUCUCCGUCUCUCUGUCUGUCUCUCUCUCUCUCCUCUCUCUCUCUCUCUCUCUCUCUCUCUCUCUCUCUCUCUCUCUCUCACUCUCUCUCUCCCUCUCUCUCUUAUUGAGCCUGUCUCUCUCUCUCUGUCUCUCUCUCUCUCUCUCUCUCUCUCUCUCUCUCUCUCUCUCUCUCUCUCUCUUCUCUCUCUCUCUCUCUCUCUCUCUCUCUCUGUCUCUCUCUCUCUCUCUCUCUCUCUCUCUGUCUCUCUCUCUUUCUCUGUCUCUCUCCCUCUCUCUCUUAUUGUGCCUGUCUUUCUCUCUCUCUGUCUCUCUUUCUCUGUCUCUCUCCCUCUCUCUCUUAUUGAUCCUGUCUCUCUCUUCCCACUCCUUUACUUCCAUUGUCUGCCUCUGUCUCUGUUCCUUACAUUAACCGGUGUUAUUGUAUAUGCAAAGUACAUAUCUUACAGUAUCGUGGGCAAAAUGUGUGAGUAUUUAUUUCCUGAACGUGACUUUAUGUUAGCGACACAGAAAACUUUGGAUGGACACGUAUUUGACGUUUUAACCGAUAAAGUGCAGCAAGCUUUCUAACAAUAACUUUUUCAAACGAACUAAUCGGAAAUAGCAAUACAAGACGUGUCCGUGUCUUACAGGAACUGACGCAAAGGACAGAUGCUUUAGAAGCCAUACGCCAAAGCCUUUUACUGAACACAUUAAAACACACAGGAGACGCCAUAGAGGAACGUUCUGUGGAGAGUGAGUUCAUCUCCAUCAAUCCUGAGCUCAUCAGCUCACCGGACUGAGGCCCCGUACCCCCUCGCCCCUCUACACAGACACACACACACACACACACACACACACACACACACACACACACACACACACACACACACACACACCACACACACACACACACACACACACACACACACACACACACACACACACACACACACACACACACACACACACAACCAUGAGUCCAGUGUGGACCUCUCUGUGACCUCAUCCCCUCAACCCUGCCUCUCAUUGACCUAUCUCUCUCGCUCUCUCUCUCGCUCUCUCUCUCACUCUCUCUCUCUCUCUCUCUCUCUCUCUCUCUCUCUCUCUCUCUCUCUCUCUCUCUCUCUCUCUCUCUCUCUCUCUCUCUCUCUCUCUCUCUCUCUCUCUCACACUCUCUCUCUCACUCUCUCUCUCCCUCUCUCUCUCUCUCUCUCUCUCUCUCUCUCUCUCUCUCUCUCUCUCUCUCUCUCUCUCUCUCUCUCCGUCUCAGUGGUGCUGUGUUGUGCUGGUGUCUUGUUGUGGAGACAAUGUGACAUGUCGAGUGCUGUCUAUGAAACACCAACCCUUGGCCGAGCGUGAUCGCUGUCUUAUCGUAGAAGUGUACUGCUGCGUGUUCUUGGUAUUCUCGUCGAGGUCUUCUAACACAAGGCUGUCUUGGUGUUAAUAUUGGUGUCUUAUACCGUUGUGUACAGUCUACUCCCUCUGUGCUUUACUGUAGCGGUCUAGAGUCUUCAGUCCUUUGGUUUGCACUAACUUCAUCCUCGCUGUUCAUGUCGAGGCUAACCCUCUCUCCUUCUGACCCCCGACCUAACCAAAGCUCAUGUGUCAUGUGAGUAACUAACAGCUGGUAGCCACAGCUAGUAGCUAACCACUAGUAGCGCACAGCUCGUAGCGCACAGCUUGUUAGGAACAGCUAGAAGCUAACAGCUAGUAGCUAACAGUUUGAAUCUAACAGCUAGAAGCUAACAGCUAGUAGCUCACAGCUGGAAGCUAACGGCUAAAGCUAGUAGCUAACCACUAGUAACGAACAGCUCGUAGCAAACAGCUUGUAGCCAACCGCUAGUAGCUAGCAGACCGAGCUGGGCUAAACUCUGCCAUGGUAUCAUUUCAAAAAGUCUUCCUAAAAUGUUGUGGAGUUGGCAUUGUCUGUGCUGCUAUUCAACUACAGAUGUGACAGGAACACGUCUGCCAUGUUAACAUGUCAUGUUAUGUUAGUAGGACCAAAACCCAGGCCAUGGCGCAAUAAUGAUCACUAGUUUGGCCGUUAGUACCAUGCCUGUAUGUUUGCUAAAGGGUCUAAACGGGGACUAGAUCGAUGGGUUAUGAAUGCUUCAUGAACGACGGCUAUGUGUAUGAAUAUGAACUUAGUUACUAAAGAGAGUCUUUGUCGUCCUGUGAGCGGAGAAAAUGGCCACCCUGAUGCGCGGCGAGUGUUCUCCAUUUUGUUUUCCAUGUCGAGUGCUCUGUUUUACUUCCUGUUGCUCUCGGCUCCGGGGUGGGGGUCCUUUCGACGGGGAGCCGACCGGUGACGCUAUAAUAAACAGAUUUUUAUGAUGAUGUCAA